AGGAUUUCGUAAAAAUCAAUAAACAAACCAGUUAUUCUGCGCUCUACUUAUUACGAAUUUCGGUGUAUAUUAAAUUAAAAUGUUGUUAAAAAGAAAUUUGUUAGAAUUUGCAACUCUUUUUUCGUGUGGCGUAUGUGUUAUUUGCAUAUUUCUCAACUGCGUGACGAACAUAUCCCCAAUUACCGGAAUAUGGUUUCCCUUGUACGUUAUUUUAGUAUUUAUCCUCUCAAUAUCGUUUAGUUUUAAGUUCAUCCAGUGGUUAUUGCAUAUGAACAAGCCUAUUAAAUAUGACUUAGAAGGUUUAUUCAAGGAUUAUCCCCAAUUUAUAUUUCUAAAACGGUUUUUACCGCAAGCCAAGAAGAGGGUUAGAUCUCCUGAUUUUGAAGAAGGUAAGGAAUAUGACACGAAUGAGCUGAGUGUGAUUUCGACUGUGCUGCAGAAGAAAUUGGUGUCGUCAUGGUAUGAGCCGUAUAUUUCACAAGAAAUUGGAUUUCCGUUUGCCUGCAAGCAUUUGCUGGAUCAAAUGAUUGAAAAAACUUUCAAGAUCUGCAAUAAAAUUGAAACCAAAGACGUAUUUAUAGACACCUGCUCAAUAUUAACCAGCCACUUAAGAGAGUACAGAAAAACUCUGAAAAGACAUGAAAAAUCACCGACAAGCUCUAUAGAGUCCCUUUACAAGAAAACUCACCCAAUAUUUGAAAAGAAACUUGAGUCGGGUGAACACUGCACCAAUAUUCUAAGGAUUAUAUUAAAAGAUCUUGUCCCUUGGGAGCUUUGGGACACGCCACAUUCUGAAUUACUAGUCCGUAUCUUGUCUAAAAAGCUUGAUACUUUUAUUGAUGGUACAUUAGCAGAUCCUGUUUGGAUCAAUGAUAAGUUGUUGAAUAUCAUAGAUAAAGCAGAGAUUGAAGAAGUAGUUCAGACAGUAGAAGAGCUGGAGGUAGUGGAGAAGGAAAGUGAGACGACAAUUGAAUCAGUAUUGUCUACAAUUGCGACUAAUAGUGCAGCACCUAUUUUACAAAGAGAUAUUACUGAAGAUCUCAGCACACCAUUCCCGGACACAAAAGCAGUGAUAGAAGGUGCUGCGAUGCUACCCUCAGCAGACGGUCCGGUGCUGCGCCAGCGCCGCGGCCGCCAGCGAGAGGUCAAGAUCUAUGACCGUAUUGUUGAAGGCAGCGUAAAAACCUGGGACACGGAUAUGGACCUACAAUGCAUCAGCAUGGGCCAGGACCUGCUAGCGAGCUUGGACGGCGGCGUGGUAGGCCGCCUGUGGCCAGACCCCGAGCCGGUGGACCAUAGUCCCCCCGACACCACCAGCAAGGACCUGCCUCUCUGGUUUGGCGAAGAAGAAACACUAGAUCUAGAACGAGAUAGCCCACCAAAAGACAGCCCAGUUAAAAAAGAGCACAGCCCGAAACCAGUGGAACUGCUGAAGGAGUUGCAGCACUCGGCCAAGACCAAGAUAGGAGACCUACAGGUCCCCAUACCUUCACUAGAUGUCCGGCCCAAUGACGAGGCCGCGGGCAUGAUGGAGGGGCUUCUGGACUUCGGGAUCGCUGGGCUGAAGAAAGGAUUGCGGUUCACAGGCCUGAGUGACGAUUCGCAGGACAAGUCACCAUCACAUCUGAAGGCCAGGAGCGAGCGGAAUUCGCCCACGGAGAACAGAAAGCUGGUCCAAAGGGAACCUAUCAUUUCGUCUGUCAUACAAAGAGAAGACAAUGGAGCAUGCGUGGUUCCCUCACUAGUAAAGCAACAUCGUGUGGUGUCGCAAGACAGCGUGCCGUCAGCACCGAAGCCAAUACCGCACGCCCCUUUGCCGACGGACUCUCCGGAGCCGGAGUACGAGGAGGCCGCUGACCUGUCCGCCAGCAUCGCCAAGCUGCGCUCGCUGCUGCAGCGGCAGGGCAGCCCGGAUAACAACGGCUCCGGACAGAGCGGCGAAGAGGUGGUGUGGGAGGGCGCGGAGGAGACGCGCGGGCGCACGCAGCGCCACCACUCCUCGCGGCCCGUCGACACCGCCACACUCGCCGACGAGUACGACAUGCAGACCGAUAGGAGCUCGUCACCGACGCCCUCCAAUAGGCUAGACAAAUUGUUCCAACGAACGGUGACGGGCGUGUUCAACUCGAUAAAAACUGCGGUAGGCGCAGAAGGAGACGAAGUCCUCCCCCAGCAGCCUCUACAGGAGUGGACCUACGUCUGCACCUCUGUCGAACUCAGCGUGGGCGGGGCGGUGGCGCGGCUGGUGGGGUCGCGGCGCGCGUUCUCGCACGUGGACGCGGCGCUGGACUCGCUGGAGCAGCUCGCGCCGCCAGCCACCCACGCACACAUAGUGCCCGAGGACUUCGAGGAGUGGUGCGUGGUGUACGGCGGCGGCAUGGGGCUGGCGCAGCUGGCGAGCGCGGCCGGGCUCGCCACCAGCCACGCGGCGCACCGCCUCGCCACGCUGCUGCUCGCCGACGUAGCAGAGUCUCUCAUCGAGGCGUGGUUAGAAGAACUCGCGUCGUGGCUGAGAAAACAAGUGUUCGUGGUGUUUGAGAAAAUGGCCGACGAGGGCAAUGACCUCCCGCGGGCACAUCUCAGGCCUUACAAUCUUGACUAUACCUGUCAGGUCGUCAUGUCCAAAAUACCCGUUCUAGGCUCCAUAUUCGGUGAAGAGGCCCUGUCGGACUCCGUCAAGCUCUCCAUAUCGAGUUUCGGCCACAAGGAGGUAAACAAAGACGUGAUUUUCCGCGUACUGGACCUCGUCGCGGUGCAUUUCAAGAAGUCUGCCGGCCUUAGGAACCCUUCUUUUGACGCCAAUUGAAAAUAUUGCGAUCAAAUUGAUAAUUGGAUAUUAAUCACCCAUUCAGCACUAAACGCGAAAUAUUGUGGAUUCGCAUC